GAAUGGGUUGCGCCCGUAAAUAACUCCGUGUAAAAGAUUAUUCUGUGUACACUAAGAAAAGAUAUGGAGUUUUUAUGUACAGGUGUGUAUCUCUACUGGUAGGCCUCAGCGAGCUUCCUUCAGCGUGGACAUGAGUAGAGCCCAGGUGUGUUGACAGAGUAACCCAUACCUACUUACGUCACUAGGUUGGAUUGUUAAAGAAGAUUUUCCUAAAUCACAGAUCGAGACAAUGGGCAACUGUAGCAGCGGCAGUGGUAGCCUCAGGGAGCUGAGCAGCAAGGAGAAGACGGACAUCAGAGAGUCGUGGGCUGAGUUCAACCAGGGUAACGUUGUGGACAACGCUGCUCACCUCUACUACAAAUUGUUCAAAGAGCACCCAGAGGCUAAAGAAAUGUUCAAGUUUUCGAAGGACACAGAUAUAUCUGACGAAGAAAUGCUGAAGAACAAACAGUUCCGUGGUCAUGUCGACGGCGUGGUCGCCGUCAUCGGCAGUGCAGUUAAUGAGAUUGAUGACCUCACAGAGGUUGGGAAAGACCUCCAGCACCUUGGGGGGAAACAUUACCAUUACGGCAUUACCAUGAAACAAUAUUCGCACGUUGGCCAGUGUCUCCUCUACGCUAUUCAGAAGAAGCUGGGGCCCAACUUCACCUCUGACCGCAAGAAAGCCUGGGUGGCGCUGUAUGCCGUCGUGGAAACUGCCAUGAAGUCAGGCAUGGAGGAGGCGAGUAAAAAGAAGUCGCAGGAGCAGACGGCGGCGUGAGGAUCUGGACCUGGAUGCGGGCUUGGGGUCUACACGAGAGGGUGGGAGUCGGUCAUGUAGAAGAGCUGGGAGAGGGUGGGGCAGGGAUGGAUAAUGGGAGCAUUUUCAGUAUCAGAUGAUACCCAAUCGAAAUUAUACUACUCAACCUUUGAUAAGGGUUGUUCUAUUUCUAGAUCGACCUACUUAUUAUGUCAUUUUGAAGUAUCUCUGUAUCCUUACCAAAAUAUGAGUAGUAUACUUCACGGUGUAGCAUCUUUAUCCCAAUCUCGAAACAUGUUGUUAAUACGACAGCUCUUUUUGGAUAAUUUGUGAUAACAUGUAAAUGUAUAUUUAGGGCACAGUUGAAGGCGCUGAUGCAGCGAGAGGUCGUCGUUGUUGUCAUUCGUACAAGUACAAAUAUUCCUGACAAUGUACACUACCCAAUACACUUUACACAAAUGUGACACUCGAGUUCCGAGACUUACACAGGCGCCUGGGACGUGGGUUUGUGGGCCUUGUGUGGAGAGUGUAAAGGACCGUUUACGUAAAUUGUUCACUACACCAAAAUGAUAAUGGUUCACCGCGUGUAUUUGGCUGUGCUCUUUGACAGAGGAAGACUGGCAGUACUUUAUCGGUAUAAAAAGGAACAGUUAUGAUAACAAUAGCGCACGGCUGUUUGUUCUGGCAACUGUACCUUUAUUUAACGAGUGGGUAUUGUCACUCGUCCUCUACCCAUCACUUAGGAAAGGCAUGCAGCACUCAAAGAAACCCUUCUUGGUCCUGUAAUCUCCAUGUAUAUAUGCGUGUAGCUGCUGUGCUUAUUCUCUCGGAAACAAUGGUCUCUGCAGAGAGAAAACGUGGAACUUUUACAUAUUCAUUAUCUUCUACUCUGUUAAAACCACUACAUUGAAAGUUGAAAAAUGAUGCAAAACCCACCUAUCGAACUGAAAACGAAACGUCAAAUGAAUAAAUUUAUUUGGUCGGUUCUGUACUUGCAUCUUGUGCUUGGUAUUGGUAAGAAAAAGAAACAACAGAAUCCUUCACAUAGAUACUUAUCAUUUAUUGAAAAUAUCUUUGAUAUAUUCCACAAAUAAUUAGAGGUUGUGAAGACAGGAAGUAACAUAUAUCUGACUGUAGUUGUCAUUUACUAAAUAUAAACAUUAGGAGUUACACAUAUUCCUAUACAUUGCAUUUCAACACGGUGAUGUUGUUAAUCACCAUUGUAAUUCUGCCCAACCUGUAUCUGACCAUUCGUAUCGUUAAAUUUAUACUGUUACCAGCAAUUUUAUAUAUCUUGUAAUAUUCACAUCCUUAUCUAAUUUUUUAAGUGCUACUUAAUAAAACAUGUAUUUUCA